UUGUUUCUCUCUCUAGAAAGAGAAUAAUUUUUUCUGAUGGAGAAGAAAGGGGCAGUGAGGGAGGAGUCUUUCCUACAGCACCCAGUGCUCUUUCUGCUUGUUCUGGGCCUGGGCUUUGUGGUGAUGGACCCAUUUGAGAUGGGCCCUGUUGGGGGCCAUGAUUUCAGGCCCGUUAAGCAUGACAUUGCACCUUACAGCCAGGUUAUGGGCCGCUGGCCCAAGGACAAUCAGAGCCGUUUGGGCCUUGGGAAUUUGGAAUUUGAAGAUGAGGUUUUUGGGCCUGAGUCCUUAGAGUUUGAUGCCUUGGGCCGUGGGCCUUACACUGGGCUUGCUGAUGGCCGCAUUGUUAGAUGGAUGGGGGAGAAUGUUGGGUGGGAGACUUUUGCAAUUGUCACAACAAAUUGGUCAGAAAAGCUAUGCGCUCAAGGAGUCGAGUCAACGACGGAAAAACAAUGGAAGAAGGAGAAGAAGUGUGGAAGGCCACUUGGGGUAAGAUUUGAGAAAGGGAGUGGGAAUUUGUACAUUGCUGAUGCAUAUUAUGGGCUGCUUGUGGUUGGCCCUCAAGGAGGAAUUGCCACUCCCUUAGCCACUCAUGUCCAAGGAACUCCCAUUCUCUUUGCCAAUGAUCUUGACAUCCAUAACAAUGGUUCUGUCUUUUUCACAGAUACUAGCAAGAGAUACAAUAGAGUGGAUCAUUUCUUCAUAUUGUUGGAGGGAGAAGCUUCUGGUAGGCUUCUUAGGUAUGAUCCUCCAACAAAAACAACUCAUGUUGUGUUGGAUGGGUUGGCCUUCCCAAAUGGGGUGCAGUUAUCUAAAGACCAUAGCUUCCUUCUUUUCACAGAAACCACUAAUUGCAGAUUAAUGAAGCUAUGGCUAGAAGGGGCGAGAAAUGGGAAAGUAGAGCUCCUAGCGAAUCUUCCAGGCUUUCCAGACAACGUAAGAAGAAACGAAAGAAAUGAAUAUUGGGUAGCGAUAGAUUGUUGCAGAACUCGAGCUCAAGAGGUUCUAACCCACAAUCCAUGGAUAAGAAGCAUCUAUUUCAGGUUGCCAUUGAGAAUGAGCUUCUUGGCUAGGCUAAUGGGGAUGAGAAUGUACACUGUGAUCUCUCUGAUCAGUGAAAAUGGAGAGAUUUUAGAAGUUCUCGAGGAUCAAAAGGGAGAUGUUAUGAAACUGAUGAGUGAAGUUAGAGAAGUGAAGGGGAAGCUUUGGAUUGGGACUGUGGCUCAUAAUCAUAUUGCCACUUUGACUUACCCUUUGCAAAUCAACAACAGUAAUUCAACUUAGAUUAUUAGUCCUUUGGUUUAUUUUUCUUUCAAGUUUGGUGAAAUGAUUUGGAACCAUUUGGCUUUGUUGUUGAUAUUUUGAUGAACUAGUGAUUUGGGAUGCUUCUUUUGUGUGGUGUGUGCUGGUGUUGUAG